AUGGCGGCUCAGGCGGCAGCGGCGGCGGCCCAGGCGGCUGCGGCGCAGGCGGCGCAGGCCGAGGCGGCCGAGUCCUGGUACCUGGCACUUCUAGGCUUCGCCGAGCACUUCCGUACUUCCAGCCCGCCCAAGAUCCGCCUGUGCGUGCACUGCCUGCAGGCCGUGUUCCCCUUCAAGCCGCCUCAACGCAUCGAGGCCCGCACGCACCUGCAGCUUGGCUCGGUGCUCUACCACCACACGAAGAACAGCGAGCAGGCGCGCAGCCACCUGGAGAAGGCGUGGUUCAUAUCACAGCAAAUCCCACAGUUUGAAGAUGUGAAAUUUGAAGCCGCAAGUCUGCUGUCUGAACUGUACUGUCAGGAGAAUUCUGUAGAUGCGGCAAAGCCACUGCUUCGGAAGGCCAUCCAGAUCUCACAGCAAACCCCGUACUGGCACUGCCGCCUGCUCUUCCAGCUUGCUCAACUACACACACUUGAGAAAGAUCUAGUAUCAGCCUGUGACCUCCUGGGCGUGGGAGCCGAGUAUGCCCGUGUGGUGGGAUCUGAGUAUACACGGGCACUGUUCCUGCUCAGCAAGGGAAUGCUGCUGCUGAUGGAACGCAAGCUGCAAGAGGUGCACCCGCUGCUCACCUUGUGUGGGCAAAUUGUGGAGAACUGGCAAGGGAACCCCAUCCAGAAGGAAUCACUGCGUGUCUUCUUCCUGGUGCUCCAGGUGACCCACUACCUGGAUGCUGGGCAGGUGAAGAGUGUAAAGCCGUGUCUGAAGCAGCUGCAGCAGUGCAUCCAGACCAUCUCCACUCUGCAUGAUGAUGAAAUACUGCCCAGCAACCCCGCUGACCUUUUCCACUGGCUGCCCAAGGAGCAUAUGUGUGUGCUUGUCUACCUGGUGACUGUGAUGCACUCCAUGCAAGCUGGCUACCUGGAAAAAGCACAGAAGUACACGGACAAGGCCCUCAUGCAGCUGGAGAAACUCAAGAUGCUCGACUGCAGUCCCAUCCUGUCAUCUUUCCAAGUGAUCCUGCUGGAACACAUCAUCAUGUGCCGGCUCGUCACAGGCCACAAGGCCACUGCGCUGCAGGAGAUCUCUCAGGUGUGCCAGCUGUGCCAGCAGUCCCCCCGGCUCUUCUCCAACCAUGCUGCCCAACUACACACACUGCUAGGCCUAUACUGUGUCUCAGUUAAUUGCAUGGACAACGCAGAAGCCCAGUUCACCACAGCCCUGAGGCUCACCAACCACCAGGAGCUGUGGGCCUUCAUUGUGACCAACCUUGCGAGUGUGUAUAUACGGGAAGGAAAUAGACACCAAGAGGUACUGUACAGUCUACUGGAAAGGAUAAACCCAGACCAUAGCUUCCCUGUCAGCUCACACUGUCUCCGCGCGGCAGCAUUCUACGUGCGCGGGCUCUUCUCCUUCUUCCAGGGCCGCUACAACGAGGCCAAGCGAUUUCUGCGAGAAACUCUAAAGAUGUCCAAUGCAGAAGACCUGAACCGGCUCACAGCCUGCUCCCUUGUGUUACUGGGCCACAUCUUUUACGUGCUUGGGAACCACAGGGAGAGUAACAACAUGGUGGUGCCUGCCAUGCAACUGGCCAGCAAAAUCCCAGAUAUGUCUGUGCAGCUGUGGUCGUCGGCCCUGCUGAGAGACCUGAACAAGGCGUGCGGGAACCCCAUAGACGCCCACGAAGCUGCACAGAUGCACCAGAACUUCUCACAGCAGCUGCUUCAAGACCACAUUGAGGCCUGCAGCCUACCAGAGCACAAUCUGAUCACGUGGACAGAUGGCCCACCCCCUGUACAGUUCCAGGCUCAGAAUGGACCCAACACCAGCCUGGCCAGCCUUCUGUGAAGCCCCUGCAGGCCCAUGUCCUUACCUUCCAUGACAUUGGAGCUUUCCUGGAAGCUCACUUGCUUGGGUGUUCAUAGGCCCUUCUUAAAACUGUCCAGAGCUCCCAAGUGUCUAGGGGCGAUGGCCAGGCCCACACAGGAGGAUACGUUAAUGGGCCUGCUUCCCAUCCUGUGUGCUGGGGACCUGCACCACCUGACAGUGCCCACAGAGAGCAAGUCAGAAGGAAGAGUCGAUGGCCCACAGAACAGCCCUAGUCCCAGCACUUUCCCCAGCCUGCUUCCUCUCCAGCAUCAUUCCCUAUGACAACUGGGAAUUCAUCUUCCAAAUUACCUUGGUUGUAUCCUGUCCCAUGCAAGGAUGGUGUACUGUGUACACAGCAAGUUGGGUAUGUGUGCAAUGAGGAUUCACAGAGCUCCAACCAGGCCUGAGACCCCCAUUUCUCCAAGUCACAAAUUUCAGAUUGCGUCUUCAUCCAAGUUGGUGCACAGAGCAGAAAUACCAGUUGGACCUGAAGGAAGGGAUACUCUGAGACCAGUUCCUGCUGAGACCAUUGUAGACCCAGCUGGCAUAGAACUGCCUCUCAAAGGGUUUGGGGGCUGUGAGAACCUCACUGUGAGGAAGGUGCCCCACAGGUGACAGCCAUUUCCACUGGCUUUCAGGUCUGUCACCUGGGUCUUAUGAAGACCACUUCUCAGAACCUUGAAACCUUGGAAUUUGACUGACUGAAAGGGCAUCUAGACUGCUCUGCUAGCUGCCCCAGACUCCCAAGAGGUCUGGCAGGUGACAGCCUGAGCACUUGCCAGCUCUGAGUGACCAGAGGAACCUGGCUCUGACCUUCUGUCUUCCUCCAUCCACAAGGUGGAGCCCACACAGUGCCCAGGACCCAGCCCUGCACUAAGUUCAUGUUUGCAACAUGGCCCCACCUAUUUAUUUAAGCCUUUUUUUUUUGUUUGUUUUUGCUUCUAGGGCAUUUUUACAUAGAGCAGUUGAAACAAGAACCUUACAACUGACAUCUGUCCUUAUAUUAGAGUGCUUUCAGUAACCAAGGGUGACACAUGUGCACAGAGUUAAGGAUGAGGCUGAGAUCGUAAGAAGAUUCUACUCAGUGUUUAAUAUCAACUCAAGUUGCAAAGCCCAAAUCUGCAUGUGUGUGCCAUCUCUGAGCCUCCCCUUGGCGGCAGCACCUUGCUGUCCCCUCCUGCCACUCUUGGGACAGUCAACACGUAGUCCUUUAGUGUAGAAAAGACUAAAACCUCCUUCGGACAAGGGGAGCAGGAGAUUGUCACAGGUAAGGUGCUAAAAACCAGCUGUAGGUUGCCAGGAAAGCCAAAUCCAUGGGCUGUGUCCCUGUACACAGCUGUUAACAGCAACUCAGGCCAGGGUCCCUAGUCUCUGUAUCUCCAUCUCCAUGAGCGCUCUUCCUCCCCGCCCCUCCACCCUCAAACCUCAGAUAGAAACUGCUACACUGUGCUGCAGGUGAAUUAGUUGCUUGUGUUGUUUUGUUUAAAGGUGUGUCAUGUGUUAUAAUGUCUUUUAAUGGUUUUUGGCAACACAGUUUUACCCUGUAUGUUCUCAGCCAGUGUUUUUAAUCAGGUAAAAAUUGUAAAUGGAAAAUGUUAAAAGAGAACCAUGGAACAUCA